UUGUGCAGCAGGAGGCAGCAGGCAGAGGGGGCAGAGGCGAUGGGGAAGUGGGCGGCGAUCGUGCUACUCGCCGGCGCCCUCGCUGGCACAGGGCAGUGCAUAACAUGCUACGUGUGCCUCCCUUCCGUGAGGGGCUGGACUGACAGCAAGCACCAGGCGGUGGUCUGGAGAACCAAGAUCGCCAGGCAGUGGCCGGGCCUCGAGGAGGGAGACUUCGGGGAGUGCCCGUACCUCACGGACGAGGACAAGUUCCAGAGGAGCUGUGCCAGGGAUUCGAUGCGCCCGGCAUGCAUUAAUAUCACUAACGAGUUCUGGACAGCGCGCACGUGUGGAAUCCUCCCUGUGAACGCCUCCUACGGAUGCAGCAAACGAAAUGGCGUCACCACCUGCUAUACCAUCAGUGAUCUCGGAAACAGUCCAGGGCAUCGUAUUUCUGUCUCCGUCUUCGCCGUGGUUGGCCUUCUCCUCAUCAUCGCCAUGUGGAACGCCUGAAGACCUGCGCUUUGGGGCCGUGUUGUUUCGAGUUUGACUAAACCUCCCUAUCAGGCGACAGAUACCACAUUUUAUUGUUUUCAUUAUUGAUAUGCCUGCCCAUCAUGCCACUGGCUGACAAGGAAAGG